UCGUCCUUAAACAUCGUAUGCUUGUAUCAAGUAGAAGGUGCGUUCCUUCGAGGCAGUUUUAGACAGUUUCUGUCGGUGCACUUAGAGGUACCCUUGUCAAAUAUCUAGGUUGCCGGCACGCGGGAGUCUGUUGCAGCUAACGUCGCUUGUUCUGCGCAAAGCGCCGCGAGAGACGCACGCAUACCCGAACCUGCGACCGACUUUUGGCAACAGUUGAACCUCGCUCGUGUAAGUUGGCUGACUAAAGGUACGAGAGUCAAGCCAAGUCAAGAAGUCAUCUCUCAGAUACCACCUGGGUGAUAGUUGUCGCCGUGCUGCUUCACUCCGCCAUGAGUGCUCCGGUGUCACGGACAGGGUCUUCCGACUCGGACCAUCCACUCUGGGUGAACCCGUGCAACUUGCCCGAUGGUGCCAAGGGCCACGGUGCCGAUCUCAGCGCUCAGGACAUACGAAACAUGCUCGACGCUGUGUCCAACCGUGCCCGAGUGGCCAACCAAGAAGCAGACAGGGCCAAGCAGCAAUUCCUCGAGAGGACAUUCUCCGACUCCGAGUUCGAACACUCGGUGGCCUACUACACGCAGUCGUGGCUGCCAGAUGUGCCAGACCCAACGGAGGAGCACUUCAGUUCAAUUACGAAAGAAGAGGCAUUCAAGAAUGCAUUUGGGUACGUCCAGUACUACGCUGUGGGCCUGGAACAGGCAGUGCUCGACCAAAUAUUCCACAAUGGCCCAUUUCAAAAACUGUUUCUGGAGAUCCAGCAGAACUUGGGCCAACUGCUGUGCGAGCUCCAGAUUGGCAUUGUUCACUUCAACGUGGACAAAAAUCCAGAUGUCUUGCGUGAUGUGAUGUCACACGAGUAUCGCGACAUCAAACAGGACAGUCAGCGAAACUUACGAGACUACCUCAUUCUGCGCGAAUAUAUCAAAGUCACCCAGUACAUCUUUGAGCUGUUCGCUUACCUGCGCGACCAUUCCUAAGGCGGACGUUUAUGCCUCCAGUGCCGUGUGGAGCGCCGGGAAAAAGACUAGUAUCUAAUUUAUUUUAUUUAUUAAUUUAUUUAUACACUGUGUCAUCGUCACGGACUGCAAGAGACUGCGCGACCAUGUGUGUACAGUUUGUGAAACCUCUGUUAAGUGACCGAACUUUUGUGCAAUGUGUUGCCUUCUGUGUGCGCUGUGGACGUCUCCGAUUAGCCGCCAUGCACCACCAAAGAAUCGUCAGGAGAGGCAACCUUGUUUAAUGCAUCUGUACAUUAUCAUCAUCAUUAUUCACAGGAAUUCACUAAGAUAGGACGUUGAUGGUUCAUCCUACUACAA